AUGUUACAUAAAAAUAAGCCUCAGAUCCCUCCAGAAUUCACAGCGAGCAGAAAACGAGAGCCCCAGUCAAUGCCAAAAAAGUACAAGAAUGUUUUGUUGAUAUCCAGCUUUCACAGUGAUGGAAAAAUCUAUGAAGGAACAGGUGAUCUGAAGAAACCAGAAAUUAUAACUUUUUACAGUCAUACAAAAGGAGGCAUUGAUACUGUUGACAAACACUUUGGGUCUUUCAAUGUUGCGGUGAACACAAAUCAAUGGCCUUUGAUGGUGUUUUUCUCAAUGGUGAAUGUUGCUGCCAUAAAUUCAUUUAUAAUUUGGGACGGAAACACCAGUAAUAAUUUCAAGAGAAGAAAAUAUAUCAAAUAUCUUUCUAACGAACUUGUGCAGCAACAUGUAACAAGGAGAAGUACUAAAUAUAUUGAGAAACCAAAAUUUCAAGCACAUUCCUGUACAAAUUUGACAUUCAUACACGGAAAGCCCAUGAGUAAUAUCUAA